UCGUUUACUUUAAGCUGUAAAGAGUUACCGUGCUUUCGAGAUGGGCUUUUCCUUUAAGCAGGGGUCGUGGUAACACGUCCGGAAUUCAUCUUUUUCUGAAAAGAGUUGGAGGCGUACAGGAUCAGUAACUGUCUCUAAUGUUUUGACAGUAGUUAAGCCUUAUGAGAUACUAUUAUCUCUAAUGUUCGUGAGAAGUUUUUAAGCUGAAUACCUUUACUGUUCCUUUUCCGUUGGUUAGUGUAUGGUGAUAUGGUGUAUGGUGUGCUUAUCACAGACCUGAAAAAUAGUGCUGUGUUAGUACGACUAACAAACUGUUUUAAAGAGGCUUUGUGCAAGAGAUGUGUAGGACAAUUGUGAGUUUGUCUUGAAGGCAAUACUAUUUUUUUAGGCCCGAAGAGGAGGAAGCACAAAGCCCGGUGAAUCCAGGCCCCAGCUGCAGUGGAAAUCCUUCUUCUUCCAGUUCAACACAGAACUCUGCAGUACCAGAACUGCCAGGAUUUUACUAUGACCCAGAAAAAAACCGCUAUUUUCGCCUGCUGCCUGGACACAAUAACUACAACCCGCUCACCAAGGAGAGCAUUCAGUACAAGGCUAUGGAGAGUAAGAGACUGAAACUCUUAGAAGAGGAAGAACAACAAAAGAGGAAAACAACAAGGGCUGGACUGAACUCAUCUGUGCUGUUACAGAAAAGGCAGCUAGGUUUGCUGAGCUCCACAAGUUAUUGCAGGCUGGUCCAUGAACUAAAAGUGAACUGCAUGCAGAGGAGGAAGAUAGAAAUUCACAGUCCAGAUUCCUCAGUUGCUGGAACCAACAAUUUUAAAAUAAUUGUGGCAGAUGUUGCUUGUGAGCGGAUAUUUACCGUGAACGACGUAGAGCAUGGAGGAUGUAAAUACGGUAUCAUCAACCUCAGUGGUUUGGGGAAGGAGUCUCUCACUGUGGAGAUGUAUGACAACCUCUACUUCACAAACCGCAAAGUGAAUUCUGUGUGCUGGGCAUCAUUGACUCAUCCAGACUCUCAUGUUUUGCUGUGUCUCAUGGGAAUUGCAGAAACUCCAGGCUGUGCCAGUCUGCUUCCAGCGUCAUUGUUCAGCAGCACUAAUCCAGGAGAUCGACCUGGAAUGCUGUGCAGCUUCAAGAUAUCUACGGCCUGGUCCUGUGCUUGGUGCCUGAAUCCACAAGCAGACAACUGCUUCAGCACAGGCCUGACACGACGAGUUCUUGUGACCAAUGUAGUGACAGGGCAUCGACAGACAUUUGGAACCAGCAGUGAUGUCUUGGCACAACAGUUUGCCACCCAGACCCCGAUGCUGUACAACGGCUGCCGUUCAGGUGAAAUUUUCAGCAUCGAUGUACGUCAACGCAACCGAAAGGGCCAGAACUGGAAAGCAAUUCGUCUCUUCCAUGACUCAGCAGUUACAUCUAUUCGCCUUCUCAAGGCAGAACACUACCUUAUGGCAUCAGAUAUGGCUGGAAAGAUAAAACUGUGGGAUCUGAGAACAGCAAAGUGUGUGAAACAGUAUGAAGGUCAUCACAAUGAAUAUGCUAUUCUCCCUUUGCAUGUAAAUGAGGAGGAAGGACUUCUUACAGCAGUGUGGUUUAAGAGUAGAGAAGAAAAUACUUCAAAAUGAAGGUCAGAGAAGCAAUGUAUUAACAUAAUACUCGAAGCAGCAUUUUUAUACAGAGACUAAAGACCAUAUAUGGGUUUCUUUGAUGCUGAAGUGUGUCAAUGGACAAAGGAGAAUUCCCUGUAAAUUGUCUCUCACUUGGGCUUGUUAUGAAUAUAUGCAGCAGCAGUUUUAGACUUUUUUUUUUCCAAAAAGGAAACAUAACAAUAAAAGAAACAAAAUCCCUGAAUACUUUUCUUUCUUCAUACUUUGGCUAGGUUUCUUAAGGUAACUUUAAACAUGAUCUACUCUCCUUGGAUUUUUCAGUAAGUGAUGGAAUAGUAAGAAUAAUUCAAUAAUUUUAACAAGCUGAGUUUUUCUCCACUUUGUUUUGCUCAGGAGCUUAAUAUUAAGGAAAGCACUCCUAGCAUACCUUUUAUUGCCUAAUAGGAAAUACAUAUUUUUUUCCUCUUUGCCUGUAAGAUGUGUUGAAACAGUCACGUUUUUUCCCCCCAUACGCUACCUUCAGCCACUGUGAUGAAAAUCUUGCAGAGCCUCAGAAAUUA